AUGUUAGAGGGAGGAGAGGAUUUAGUCACACUCAAUGGUACUCUACAGGGACACAAUAAGAUGUUAGAGGGAGGAGAAGAUUUAGUCACACUCCAUGGUACUCUUCAGGGGCACAAUAAGAUAUUAGAGGGAGGAGAAGAUUUAGUCACGGUCAAUGGUACUCUACAGGGACACAAUAAGAUGUUAGAGGGAGGAGAAGAUUUAGUCACACUCAAUGGAACUCUACCGGGACACAAUAAGAUGUUAGAGGGAGGAGAUUUAGUCGCACUCAAUGGUACUCGACCGGGACACAAUAAGAUGUUAGAGGGAGGAGAAGGUUUAGUCACAAUCAAUGGUACUCUACAGGGACACAAUAAGAUGUUAGAGGGAGGAGAGGAUUUAGUCACACUCAAUGGUACUCUACAGGGACACAAUAAGAUGUUAGAGGGAGGAGAGGAUUUAGUCACACUCAAUGGUACCCUACAGGGACACAAUAAGAUGUUAGAGGGAGGAGAAGAUUUAGUCACACUCAAGGGUACUCUACAGGGACACAAUAAGAUGUUAGAGGGAGGAGAAGAUUUAGUCACACUCAAGGGUACUCUACAGGGACACAAUAAGAUGUUAGAGGGAGGAGAAGAUGUAGUAACACUCAAUGGUACUCUACAGGGACACAAUAAGAUGUUAGAGGGAGGAGAAGAUUUAGUCACACUCAAGGGUACUCUACAGGGACACAAUAAGAUGUUAGAGGGAGGAGAGGAUUUAGUCACACUCAAGGGUACUCUACAGGGACACAAUAAGAUGUUAGAGGGAGGAGAAGAUUUAGUCACACUCAAGGGUACUCUACAGGGACACAAUAAGAUGUUAGAGGGAGGAGAAGAUUUAGUCACACUCAAGGGUACUCUACAGGGACACAAUAAGAUGUUAGAGGGAGGAGAAGAUGUAGUAACACUCAAUGGUACUCUACAGGGACACAAUAAGAUGUUAGAGGGAGGAGAAGAUUUAGUCACACUCAAGGGUACUCUACAGGGACACAAUAAGAUGUUAGAGGGAGGAGAGGAUUUAGUCACACUCAAGGGUACUCUACAGGGACACAAUAAGAUGUUAGAGGGAGGAGAAGAUUUAGUCACACUCAAGGGUACUCUACAGGGACACAAUAAGAUGUUAGAGGGAGGAGAAGAUUUAGUCACACUCAAGGGUACUCUACAGGGACACAAUAAGAUGUUAGAGGGAGGAGAAGAUGUAGUAACACUCAAUGGUACUCUACAGGGACACAAUAAGAUGUUAGAGGGAGGAGAAGAUUUAGUCACACUCAAGGGUACUCUACAGGGACACAAUAAGAUGUUAGAGGGAGGAGAGGAUUUAGUCACACUCAAGGGUACUCUACAGGGACACAAUAAGAUGUUAGAGGGAGGAGAAGAUGUAGUCACACUCAAGGGUACUCUACAGGGACACAAUAAGAUGUUAGAGGGAGGAGAAGAUGUAGUAACACUCAAUGGUACUCUACAGAGACACAAUAAGAUGUUAGAGGGAGGAGAGGAUUUAAUCACAAUCAAUGGUACUCUACAGGGACACACUAAGAUGUUAGAGGGAGGAGAGGAUUUAGUCACACUCAAGGGUACUCUACAGGGACACAAUAAGAUGUUAGAGGGAGGAGAAGAUUUAGUCACACUCAAGGGUACUCUACAGGGACACAAUAAGAUGUUAGAGGGAGGAGAAGAUUUAGUCACACUCAAUGGUACUCUACAGGGACACAAUAAGAUGUUAGAGGGAGGAGAGGAUUUAGUCACACUCAAUGGUACUCUACAGGGACACAAUAAGAUGUUAGAGGGAGGAGAGGAUUUAGUCACACUCAAUGGUACUCUACAGGGACACAAUAAGAUGUUAGAGGGAGGAGAAGAUUUAGUCACACUCAAUGGUACUCUACAGGGACACAAUAAGAUGUUAGAGGGAGGAGAGGAUUUAGUCACACUCCAUGGUACUCUUCAGGGGCACAAUAAGAUAUUAGAGGGAGGAGAGGAUUUAGUCACACUCAAUGGUACUCUACAGGGACACAAUAAGAUGUUAGAGGGAGGAGAAGAUUUAGUCACACUCAAUGGUACCCUACAGGGACACAAUAAGAUGUUAGAGGGAGGAGAAGAUUUAGUCACACUCAAUGGUACUAUACAGAGACACACACAGGCUGGUGAGAUACAUCAUACAUGUGAUGUUUGUGGUAGAGAAUUUAGUCAAAGUUGUCACUUAAAGGGACACUUGAGAACCCAUACUGGUGAAAAACCUUAUAAAUGUGAUGUUUGUUUCAGAGAAUUUAGUCAUAGUUGUAACGUAACGAAACAUAUGAGAACACAUACUGGUGAAAGACCUUAUAAAUGUGAUGUCUGUGCUAAAGAAUUUAGUCAAAGUGGUCACUUAACGAGACACUUGAGAACACAUACUGGUGAAAAACCUAAUAAAUCAUAUAAAUGUGAUGUGUGUGCUAAAGUAUUUAGUCAAAGUGGUGACUUAAAGAGACAUGCAAGAACACAUACUGGUGAGAAACCUCAUAAAUGUGAUGUAUGUUUUAGAGAAUUUAGUCAAAGUAGUAACUUAAAGACACAUAUGAGAACACAUACUGGUGAGACACCUUAUAAAUGUGAUGUUUGUGCUAGUGAAUUUUCUGAUGGUUCUCUCCUAAAGGCACACAUAAGUAAACAUACAGGAAAUAACACUCAUAGCUGUGAUUUAUGUGGUAAACAGUUUAGUUAUCUUAGUCAUUUGCAGAGUCACAUGAGAACACAUACUGGUUAUAAACCUCAUGAGUGUGAUAUAUGUGGUAAAGCGUUCAGUCAGCAUUCUAAUUUAAAGGGUCACAUGAGAACACAUACAAGUUAUAAACCUUAUAACUGUGCUAUAUGUGGUAAAGAAUUUCAUGCGAAAUGUAAUUUACAGAUUCACAUGAGAAUACAUACAGGUGAUAAACCUUAUAGCUGUGAUAUAUGUGGUAAAGGAUUUAGUGAGAAAGGUAAUAUACAGACACACAUGAGAACACAUACAGGUGAAAAACCUUAUGAAUGUUGUGAAUGUGGAAAGAGGUUAAGUACGUUUGCUUGUUUACAGAGACACAUGAAAAUACAUUCAGACAAUAAUCAUCAUUACUGAUUUAUGUACGGUAG